AUGGCACCGACGAAGGCAGCUAGACACCCGCUCAUUGAGGCGACGCCGAAGAAGGUGAGCGUGAACGGGCGACCCCGUACCAAGGCAGACCUGACGCGUGUCGUCCGGUGGCCGAAGUACAUCCAGGUCCAGCGCAAGCGCGCCAUUCUUUUGACGAAGCUCAAGGUCCCGCCUGCCAUCAACCAGUUCCGCCACACUGCCAACCGUUCUCAGGCCACCGAGGCUCUCCGCCUGCUCUCUGCCUACCGUCCUGAGUCUGCUGCGCAGAAGAAGGAACGCCUUGCCAAGGAAGCCGAGGCCCGUGCCGCUGGUGAAGCUCCUAAGUCCAAGAAAACCGAGCGCCUCGUCUGGGGACUCGACGACGUAACCAAGGCCAUCGAAAACAAGAAGGCCCAACUUGUCGUUAUCCCCCACGAUGUAGACCCGGUGGAACUUGUCUGCUGGCUCCCCGCUCUCUGUCGCAAGAUGAAUGUACCUUACUGCAUCAUCAAGGGCAAACAACGACUCGGCGCACUCGUCCACCAAAAGACCUGUACCGCUGUCGCCCUCACCGACGUCAGGACCGAACAUAAAGCCCAGCUCGAAACCUUCUGCAGGGUCAUCGCUCCCGAAUUCAUCGACAACAACGACGUCCGCAGAAGAUGGGGCAACUAA